CCUUAACUUUCACUUCAAGUAGAACGAACUUAGAUUGUUACUAACAUAGUGUAAUACCAAGGCCUUUAACAUUUUAUCAAUUCCAUCUCAUUGUAGGAGAAAUGUCUCAUCAUGGAGAUGAUGCUUUGGAAGUCUCAACUCACAAGGAACCUCUAGAUCAAAGACUAGGCUCAAUGCAUAUUUUAUCUGGAAAUUUUGACCAUCGAGUUGAAUCGCUAAAAUUGGAGGAUGAGAUUGAUCAAAUUUUGCAGGCGCUGAAAAAGUCACAGGAGUCCGAAUACAAAAUUGCAGAGGAAAGGCUUUUCGCUCAGAAAAAUUAUCUUCUAAAUCUAUAUCAACAGCUUGACAAAGAGAGGUCCGAUCUUUUAAGGUACACAUCAUCAACUGACUCAGAUACGUUACUCGACACUGUCCUUAAGAGGGUGGAUCAGAUAAAAUGGGAGGUCAAAAAACUCAGGGAUAUGCAAGAAGUGGCCAAGGGAUUCGGAAAAACUUCAAAAGAUACUCUAAAAGAACAUUUUGGUAUAGAAAUGGAGCAUUGACAACCAUUUUUUAGUACAUGAUGAUGUCUGUAGUCACCAGCUGUUUGUGUUGAAAGUUUUGUGGAGGGGGGUUACACCUCUAGAUAGAUCAUUUGUGAUAUACUGAUAUUCAAUCAACAGCCUCGGCUGGUUUUCUCGGAGAUCACAUUUACCGGUGAAUGUAACGCUAAAUUCGCUCGAG